AUGUCGCAGGCAGUCAAGGAGGCCAUAGCGCAGCGUCGAGCGGCGCUUGCGCAGGCGCAAAAGGCAGCCGCUGAUUCUCCUCUGCCAUCGCCAACCAAAAGCACCUUCGAGGGUGCGGACAUUGUCCAGCGAACAGAGGAAGAUCUCCUGUAUCGUUCUACCUCUACUGCCCGCCUCAAUCUCUCCUCUCGCCUUCCUGCCCUCACCUCUCUCCCUUCUGCCCUCUUCAGCCUCCUCGAUGGCGAGGCACCAGCCUGGUACCUCGAGUCAGAGCCAGACGAGUCGAAGCGUCGCCCCUGGUACGAACGCGAGGAUCUGCGGGUUCUCUCUUGCGCCAAUAAUGAUCUCACCGGCACGUCCGAUGAGCGAAUGGGCGACUUCAGAGGUCUCGCGAGGCUCGAGCUGCAGAACAAUGCCCUCACCUCAAUACCUCGCACAACCUUCCAACUCGUCAACCUCACGACCUUGAACCUCUCCAAGAACAAGUUCACCUCAAUACCCUCAUCUCUCCUUGCCCUCGACUCCCUGAUUGAGCUGGACGUCUCGCACAAUGCCAUUUCCCAGCUCUGGAGCGACGCAGAGGUCGACCAGGCUAGGCAGGAUCGGCGUGAAUGGGACGAGGAGAAUGCAGACGAGGAAGGUGGGGUGUGGGCCGGCUUGAUUGCGAGGACAGGCAGCCCAACUAAGCGUGAGCGCCCCGGCCCACCCAAGACGCAGCGACAGCGCAGUCAGCCUAUGCGCUCGCUCAGGAUCUUGAAUCUUGCCAACAACAGGCUGGACGAUGCGGCCUUGCACGCGGCGAGGGGGACAUGGACUUGGCCACCCACUCUGACAGACUUGGACGUCAGCGACAAUCGCUUCCGCUCUUCGCUGCCACUCAAUACCUUCGGACGACUAAAGGACCUACGUCGCCUCUCGUUGGGCGGUAAUGGCUUUGGCGACGUAGUUUUCUCCCUCGACGAGACUCGCGGGGACAGGCCUGAGACGACACCCUUCGGCGGAAGGGAGAAGCAGACAUUUUUCCCAGCGCUGGUAGCGCUAGACCUUCAGAGAUGCGAGAUGGACGAUCUGACGUCGCUGCAGGGCGUGUUUGAGACAGGUUGCGAAGGCAACAUUGAGCAGCGCAAGCUUGUGAGGGUAAAUGCGAUGGCGAACGCCCAGGGCGAAGCUACUGAAGGCAACGAGGACGGCUCAAAGGUGCUCAGCGUAGUGCUAGAGGGCAAUCCCCUGCGCGAAGAGAUGUACAAGAAGAAAAGAGGUGGCGCACGGCCUGUCAAGCCGGACACGACGAGCUCGGCAGAGGCAGCAGCUCCAGUUACAUCAGCUCCCUUACACCAGCCAACGUCCGUACGCGCACCUACGGCUGCUUCAUCAACAUCGGCAGCGACCAGUGUGGCUCCUGCGCAAGCGUCACCCCGGAAAGAAGCCUGGGAGCUCGAAGCAGAGGCUGGCCUCUCGACUGAAGGAGGGCGUAGGAGAGCGAGGGCAGAAGCAGCAAGGAGGGAAAGAGAGGCGGCAGCUGGCGGCGCUGCCCCCUCAACAACCUCCACAGCACCAACUGCGCCCCUUCACAACGGCAACCGCUCACAGGGCAUCAACCGUACAGGGCUAAGCGACUGGGAUGGAACUCCGGCCCCGUCUCCCCGCAGGAACCAGACCAACAACGCAAGAGGUGAGGAGCGUGAGCAGACGCGAAACGGAGUAGGGGCGUCAGGCAGCCGCACUACCAGCCUAGGCUCUACGCUCGCGAAUGCGAAGCUCACAAAGCGGCAAAGCGAGGCGCUAGGACGAGUCCCGUGCAAAUUCUUUCGCUCAGCGAACGGAUGUUCUGCGGGGACAGCUUGUCCCUUCUCGCACACGCUGCCUGGUGAAGGUCGUAAUGGCGGUGGCCCUGGUGGCGUCAAUGGUGCAGGAGAGAAUGGCGGCGGUGGCAAGGCCGUGUGCGAAUUCUUCCUCAAGGGCAACUGCCGCUUCGGUCACAAGUGUGCUCUGGCGCACGUCAGGGAGGGAGAGCCUAUGAGCAUGGAUAGACAUAACAAGAAGAUGCAAGCAGCAGCACAACGGGCGGGUACGGCUGCUGCUGCGGGGGGUUUUCAGUCAGGAGGAGUAACAGGAGGAAAUGCAUCGUAUCAACAGCAAUCAUCGUCAUCUCAGCACUUCGCACCAUACGCAAUGCACAACAACAGUCAACAGCAUCAGCAUCAGCAUCAGCAUCCUCAGCCUUCCAGCCAGCAUCAGCAAAUCCCUUCCCUCAACCACAGCACAGCGCCCUGGCCACCCCGAGACGACUUUGCUUUCGGGCUUCCCGAUGACAUGCAAGGACCUCAGAUCACGCAGCAGCAGCAGUACCGUGCCUCUCUUGCCCUGCCCACUCCCGAUGUCGCACAAACCGCGCAGAGUUCUCAACCCUACGCUAUCUCUCGACCAAUGCCCUUCAGCUCAGGCUCUUUCGGGGCACGCGGAACUCCCCUCCAGAGCAAUGGCUUAGGUACCAGCCCCUUUGGCACCAGCCCCUUCGGGCAGACGGUCUUCUUCUCCGGCUCUCACGAUGAUCGCAGUGCUACUGGUCUAGAUGCUCCCUCCACAGUUUCCGGCUCCUUUGCGGCCCGCAACAAAGCUCACCGUGGUGGGGUCCAGAGCGCGCUCCACGACGAUGACGACGACGACCAUAAUGGCGAGGACUUCCUACCCUCGAGCUUGUCGGACCUCUUGACCCCGGCAGAGCUGGAACGGAGGAGGAGAACGAGCUUCAAUGCUCAAGGCCUUGCUGCGGGUAGCUUCGGGGCCUCUACGGCAUUGACGCAGAGCAUGCCUGCCGGUUACGGCCUCGAUGAGGACGAAGAAGUAGUGGGUGGUGGGAUCUGGCAUGUGGGAGGGAAUGCUAGGCAGAGGCCAGCGGCUAGGAUGAGUGUGGGCGGGUACGAAGAUGAGGACGAGGAGGGGUACGGCCUUGCGAGCGCUGGCAUGGGCCCUACGGCUGCAGCAGCACGUCGCCGCGAUUUAGACCGCCUCUCGCAUCACCAUAGCCCUGGUCAGAGCUUGCCAAAGGGUCUCGCCGCUGCCGGUUUAAGCCGACUACGCAUAUCAAGCGAUGGACGUGGUGGCGCUACACCCUCUGAGCCAGUGCAAGCAGCCUCGCGCAUUCCGUCAUACUCGCACUCGCAAGCUCAAGUCCACGCAUCUCCACAUCGUCGUGCCCUUUCCAACGCGCAAGCAACGUCCUCGUCAUCUUCGUUCAAGGCUGCUUCGCUCCUCACAGCCGACCUAGGCCCGAUAGCGCCGUCCAGCUUGCACCCUCAUCUGCCAGGUGGAGUGCUGGCUGCGAGGAGCGGGACGCCUUCAAAGGGUGGUGGCUGGGCGAGCGGAUCGCCGCUGGGGGUCACACCUCCGCCGACUCAGCGUGAGGCCAUCGCUAUUGGUUCGAUUUUGGUAUCACCGCCCGCGGGCGAAGAUAGAGGCAUGGAAAAGGGCGGCAUGGGAGGCAGAGGAAGGACUGGUGCGCCUUCCUUCCGAACAGCGAGCAAAGAGGGGCUCAGCGUGGGUGGUGGUGGUGGUGGUAUUCGAGGUAAUGCUGCUGGUAGCCCGCUAGCAUUGCAGCCGCGUGAUAGUGAGGAUGAUGCUGGUGAGGAGGGUGUCUUUGAGCUGGAGUAA